ACUAAAGUUGGUUUGUAACAGACUUUCCUCCUAGGUUGUUAACCUCCAUAUAAUCCACCCCAUUCCUUCCACGUUCUUUCAUUGUUUCAACUUCAAUCUUCUUCACAAAUUUCUCAGUUAAUAAGGUUAGAAUGAGUACGGCCAGAUUUAUCAAGUGUGUCACUGUUGGAGAUGGUGCAGUUGGAAAGACAUGCAUGCUUAUAUCCUAUACAAGCAAUACCUUUCCCACCGAUUAUGUUCCAACAGUGUUUGACAACUUCAGUGCUAAUGUGGUGGUGGAUGGUAGUACUGUCAAUGUUGGUUUAUGGGAUACUGCAGGACAGGAAGAUUACAACAGGCUAAGGCCCUUAAGCUACAGAGGAGCUGAUGUGUUUUUAUUAUGCUUUUCUUUAAUCAGUAAAGCCAGUUAUGAGAACAUUUCCAAAAAGUGGAUACCUGAACUGAGACAUUAUGCUCCAAAUGUGCCUAUUGUGCUGGUUGGAACAAAACUGGAUUUGAGGGAAGACAAGCAAUUUUUCGUUGAUCAUCCUGGAGCUACAAGAAUAACAACUGCUCAGGGUGAAGAAUUGAAGAAGAUGAUUGGUGCAAUCACCUACAUAGAGUGCAGUUCUAAAACACAGCAGAAUGUGAAGAUAGUUUUUGACUCUGCAAUAAAAGUUGCACUGAGACCACAAAAACCAAAGAAAAAACCACGCAAGAGAAGGACUUGUUUUUUCUUCUAAGUAGUAUUUCUUAUUCAGUUGUUCUUAUUAUAUUUCCAAAAUCAUUAAUAUAACAGAAUCGAAAACACUAAGCUUUAGUGUUUUUUAUUCUUUUACAUUAUUGCUGUGAAGAACAUUAGGCUUCUUUUUAAGUCUGGCAAAUGAAAUUUAGUACUGCAUUGUUGAAUUAAUUAUUUUCUUUUUUCUCCAAUUUUGGUUCCUCUGUAAUAUUGCAUAGGUCCAAUAUUUGGAUUUUGAAAGUGGAGUAUCCACUUUUGCAAUUGAUAAUUUUUUGUUUCUACUUUUUACUU